CUUGCUCAGGAACAGCAGGGAGAGACGGGACGUGGAAAGUUCCCCUGACUCCCCAGGUGUCCGUCCGCGUUCCCCGCACCUAAACUGUCAAGCGACCAGGACUGCGACAGGAAAGAGGAAGGAGAGGAAAGACACCCAGGGCUGAAAAUUUGCACGGUCCACAGCCAUGGAACCAUCAUCCUGGAGCAGUGACAGCCCAGCCCAGAUCUUCUAAAGAGACACUUGACUCUCCCUCGAGCCUGUUUCCCCAGUGCCCUCAGCUAUGGCAGGAAACAAGGAGAGGGGCUGCUCUGGUGGAACCCCCUUGGCUCACGUGAAUGGCUUCCCUCCCGCCGUAUACCCCUUCCCUUUCCCCAACCCGCACUUCGAGGUGCUCACCAAUGGAGGCUACUUCCGGAGCUAUCCUACCGACCUGCCUAAGGAAAUGGCAUCACUGUCGGUGGAGACCCAAAGCACAAGUUCAGAGGAGAUGGUGCCCAGCUCCCCCUCUCCCCCUCCGCCGCCACGUGUCUACAAACCUUGUUUCGUCUGCAAUGACAAGUCCUCCGGCUACCAUUACGGGGUCAGUUCCUGCGAGGGCUGCAAGGGCUUCUUUCGGCGAAGCAUCCAGAAAAACAUGGUCUACACCUGCCACCGGGACAAGAACUGUCAAAUCAACAAGGUCACCCGCAACCGCUGCCAGUAUUGCCGCCUGCAGAAGUGCUUUGAGGUUGGCAUGUCCAAAGAAGCCGUGAGGAAUGACCGCAACAAGAAGAAAAAAGACGUGAAAGAGGAGGUGGUGGUGGAUAGCUAUGAAAUGACGCCUGAGCUAGAAGAGCUCAUCCAGAAAGUCAGCAAAGCCCAUCAGGAAACCUUCCCCUCCCUCUGCCAGUUGGGCAAAUACACCACAAACUCCAGCGCAGAUCACAGAGUCCAGCUGGACCUGGGGCUAUGGGACAAGUUCAGCGAACUGGCCACCAAGUGCAUCAUCAAGAUUGUGGAGUUUGCCAAACGCCUGCCAGGCUUCACCACUCUCAGCAUUGCUGACCAAAUCACCCUGCUCAAAGCGGCCUGCCUAGAUAUCCUGAUGCUCCGUAUUUGCACCCGCUACACCCCGGACCAGGACACCAUGACCUUCUCAGAUGGGCUGACCCUGAACCGUACCCAGAUGCACAAUGCUGGGUUUGGGCCUCUCACUGACUUGGUCUUUGCCUUUGCCGGGCAACUCCUGCCUCUCGAGAUGGACGACACGGAGACAGGCCUGCUCAGCGCCAUCUGCCUCAUCUGUGGAGAUCGAAUGGACCUGGAAGAGCCCGAGAAAGUGGACAAAUUGCAAGAGCCCCUGCUGGAAGCACUGAAGAUCUAUGCUCGCCGACGUCGCCCCAACAAGCCUUAUAUGUUCCCCCGCAUGCUGAUGAAAAUCACUGACCUAAGGGGGAUCAGCACCAAAGGCGCCGAACGAGCCAUCACCCUGAAGAUGGAGAUCCCCGGCCCCAUGCCGCCGCUCAUCCGAGAGAUGCUGGAAAAUCCCGAGAUGUUUGAAGAGGAGCUGUCGCAACCCCCGCCAUUGGCAGAACCGCCCAGCACUGAGGAGAGCCCAGCCGACCCCAAGAGCCAGGAGGAGGCUCCCUAGCAUCUCAAGAGAGCCAGGAUCUAGGCUGGGAAAGGCCGGGAGAAAACCCCUCAGCGUCUAUCUCCUCCGUCCUUUCCGUUGCCCAUUUCCUUUGAGACUCAGUUAUUCAGGCUUGCCUUUCCUGCUCUUGGCCCAUCAGCCAGAGUUGGGUGUAACGGCAACACUCGUGACCAACGAGGAGGCGUCACAUCCCCCUCUCCUCUGCUGUGUUUGGUGACUUGGGGUGGAUGCCUCUUGCCUUAACCCUUUCCUUUCGGGGGCCUUGGAUGUAUAUUCUGAAGCCUUUGCCCCUCAACCCCCAAGCUUUGCCAAAGUCCCCCGACGGCCUGCCCCGUGGAGUCGGGCGCCCUCAAGCCAAAUUUUCAGGACCUGGGAAGCCCCCAAGGGGCUUGGACUUGGAGACCCUCCCUUUCGAAACGGGGUGAGCUCCAAAUGUGCAAUUCCCUGCCUCCCCCUGCACCUGUGAGGAAAAGAACGGGGCACCGCGAGAGCCGGUAAAGAGACUCUGCAACACGCGGGCCCUAUGCAAUGAUUCGUGGCCUCCUCCCUCCUACCCAGUCCACAGUCUCGGCUGGAGGUCAGCUGUACAAUUCAGCCUCCCAAGCCAGGGGAUCCAGGCAUCCAAGACACUAUUUAUUCAAGUUUCUGAAGACAGAGGGAUGGCAUGGCCUCCAACACCCCCACGCAUGCCUGCUCCCACUGCACGCACAGGGAACGUGGACCAAGGAUUAUGGGGUAUGGGGAGAGCGAAGCCAGGAAGGACUUCAACAUUGACAUCCCCAUUGUGGGCUGGUUGGGUGUGUGUGUGUGUGUGUGUUAAUAUCCAUCCCUUAUGGAUUCCAAUGAGAUGUGGAGCUGUUUUCGAGGGAGGUGAGCU